AUGCCUCAUUUUCUCGAUCGAGUCCGAACAGUCCUCCGGAGAAGCAAACGGAACUCGAUAUCUGUGGGAUCUAAGGAAUCAAUAUGGAAACGACUUCCAUCUGAUGUCUUUGUUGCAAUCGCAGCAUCCUGCAGCAUAAAGGACAUUGGAUCAUUGUCUCUUACCAAUCAUUUACUGCAUGAUCGGGUUGCAAAGUUGGAAUUUGCUAUUGCCUGGGCAUACAUCCAACUUCGCAAGCAAAAGGGUUACCAUGAUCAUCUGUGGGUGUAUGGUAGCCUGUCGCCAGGAGAUGACAUUCACUUCAUUUCCGAGCUAUUCCCUCCACCGCCGCCAAAAUAUAGCUCUGGCAUGGAUCACGAUAAUGCAGGGUAUUCUCUGGGAUAUCUUGGUGAUUUGCAUCGUUGUUGGGAAACCUGUCUCCGACUGUCUUAUCAUUUAGCGGAUCAUGUGGUCGAGCAUCAUCUAGAGACUGAUCCGUUAGCUCGGCCCUUGUGGGCGUCUUCAAAGACAGAGAAGGAAGUUGUCUACACUAAAGCUGUGGCUUCGCUCCAAGCCAAGCUUUUGCAUCCGAUAGCAUACGCUAUCUUCUUCCUUGAAUCUUCUGCUUCACAUUCAGAUGACUCUGAAGAUUCUGAUAAUCAUUAUCAUCAUCAUCGCAGCCUGUCUUCAUCGGUCCAAAGGCAACAAUCAAUCCUCCAAAAGGCGCCUUUCACAGAUACUCAGAUCUUACUGUCCACUCAUCACUGCAUGCAACUUCUAUUCUCAACAAUGCAGCGUCUGAUGAGCCCGGAAAUCCCUCAUGCGACGUCAGAAAGCUGGGUCAGUCUACUUCUGACUACAUCGACCAUGGAAAGGAUCGUUCAAUUCUUCGUGUCAAUAGCCAAAGACGACCAAAGAAAGCAAAAAUGUCUGCAUGACUCUACAUGGUCACAUAAGAAGGAGUUCCUACUGUCAAUGCGACGUGAUUUGAAUGAGUACAUGGCACAUGAGAGCUAUCAUGGCGAACGACCACUCGAGCCGAAGUUGAAUCACAUCUGGUUCCAUGCAGCACAAAGUGAGAUGGGUAAGCGAGGGGCUAUUCCACAUACUGUUGAAGAAACGGAAGUACAUGUUCUGCAUGGUUCUGUUGUGAAAUUAGAAUGUACUUACUGUUAUGAUGCUUAUGAUGAAUAA